AUGGUUGAUACUCAUCUACAGAAUUCUGCGCUGGGGAUUGUGAUUGCCUUCCCCAUUUUGGCUGGAAUCGCUGUCCUCUUGAGGCUCUGGAGUCGCCACUUAUCACGAUCGGCACUCACCAGUGAUGAUUACUUGAUCACGGUGGGAUAUAUUCUCGCCGUUGUCCAAUCCGUCACCUCAUGGUAUUAUAUCGAAACCAACUACAUCGGGAUACACUACAACGAUAUUCCAAAAGACCGUGAUGUCAAGACGGGGUUCAUUUGGAACUAUGUCAACCAGCUGGUCUACAAUCCCGCCUUGACCGUCGUGAAGCUGUCCAUCUUGUUAUUCCUGCGCAGGCUGGAAUCUCGGUCGCGCGUGGUCAACGGCCUGAUCUGGGGCGCCAUGGCUUUCGUCGUCGGGCUCUUCAUCGCGACACUAUUCGUUGAUAUCUUCCAAUGUCGUCCAGUCGCCUACGUCUACGAUAUGUCGAUUCCAGGCGGCACAUGCAUUAACCAAGGCGGCUUUUACGUGUCGACUGCGGCGCUUAAUUUGCUCACGGACUUGGUGGUGCUGUCAAUUCCCAUAAUUAUCACUUGGAGCCUGCAGAUGCCCCUGCGACGGAAGAUUGCCGUCUGCGUCAUCCUAUGCCUGGGUGGAGUCGCAACCGCCAUCGGCGUCUGGCGCAUCGUCAUCCUAGCCCAGGUCUUCCUCACCCACGAAGUCAACCUCGACCCAACCUACAACAUCGGCUUCUGCAGCUCCGCCAUCGAAGUCAACGUCGCCGUGAUCACCGCCUGCGGCCCCUCCAUGAAAGCCAUCGCCAGUCGGUACCUCCCUCGUCUCCUUGGCACAUCCCGCCGCGAAACCUCCGGCUACGCCGCCGGCACCAGCGGCUCGCGCGGGCGAUUCCCUGGCUCGAAGCGAUUUACGAGCAACAAUCUGCACUCUACUGAGGACGACAGAUACGAGAUGGCGGACCCAAAUGCUAGGAAUACUGUGAGUAUUGGCCGAACCGGUAGCGGCCGCUUCGAUAUGCGCAAGUAUCGCCGGGGCGGGGAUAGUCCGAGUAUUAGCAGUGGUAGUGAGAAUGGGGUUGCGGGGAUUGUUAAGACGACGGAUGUGUCGGUUAAGUAUACUGUUGGUGAAGUGACGCCGGAUAAUCGGUCGCGGGAUGGGAAGCAUGCCAGUGUGGAUAGUUUUGUGUAG